AUGACUCCUGUAACCAACGCAACCAUGUUAGCCAAUGGAGAUGUUCCGUUGUCCUGGAUCAUCUUCCUUGUUUGCUUCCUCAUUUUCGCCACCGUUGGAUGCACUCAGGAAAUCUGCCGUGCAUUCCUUUUUUGCAAAAACAACAGAGCAACCGACAGAGAGCGUAGAUACGUCAGGCUCAUGAAUCUCAUCGCGAAGCGCCAUCAACGUUGCAUCGUGGCACAGGAUCAGGAAAAAAGACCAUUCGUGGAGGAUUCACUCACAGAAGAAAGUAUUGUCUAA